UGUAGCUGAUCAAAGCCCUAAAACCCUCAUCGAUAUUGAGAACACAAUGCUCUUCUUCUUCCUCCUCUCUGCAAUUGCACCCUAUAGCAACAAAAACAAAAAAUGCAAACAAUUACAUCCAUGGAUGUCGAGGAACAACAACCUUCGCCAACACCCAGCAACGUUAAACACUUCGGUCUUAAAAACUCCAUUCAAACCAAUUUCGGCGACGACUAUGUUUUCCAAAUCAUCCCUAAGGAUGAUUGGAGUUCAAUGGCGGUUUCACUGUCAACGAAUACAGUGAAACUGUAUUCGCCAGUAAUGGGUCAAUAUUAUGGGGAGUGCAAGGGUCACUCUGCAACUAUCAAUCAGAUUUUGUUUUCGGGUCCUUCUAAUCCGCAUGUUCUUAGCUCUUGUUCCUCAGAUGGCACUAUCAGAGCUUGGGACACAAGAUCAUUUCAGCAGGUUUCUAUUCUCAAUGCCGGUCCUUCUCAAGAAGUCUUUAGUUUCUCUACUGGAGGGCCUAAUGGAAGUUUAGUUGCUGCCGGCUGUGAUUCGCAGGUACUGUUAUGGGAUUGGAGAAAUAACAAGCAAAUUGCAUGUCUAGAAGAUUCUCAUAUGGAUGAUGUAACUCAGGUUCAUUUUGUCCCUGAUGAACCAGGCAGGCUCAUUUCGGCUUCGGUAGAUGGGUUGAUCUGCAUAUUUGAUACCAGUGGAGAUAUCAAUGACGAGGAUCAUCUAGAUUCAGUGAUUAACGUGGGAACUUCAAUUGCAAAGGUGGGUUUUUUUGGAGAGAGUUAUCAGAAGCUUUGGUGUUUAACACAUAUUGAAACCGCGAGUAUCUGGGAUUGGAAAGAUGGUAGAAAUGAAGCAAACUUCUCAGACGCUCGUACUUUAGCUUCUGAAAGUUGGAAUUUGGAUCAUGUUGACUAUUUUGUUGACUGUCACUACUCGAAAGAAGCUGAAAAACUAUGGUUAAUCGGUGGCACAAAUGCGGGUACUUUAGGUUACUUUCCUGUAAAUUCCAGUGGAACGGCAACAAUUGGAGCUGCAGAAGCAAUUCUUGAAGGUGGCCAUACAAGUGUUGUUAGAAGUGUUCUACCUAUGUCCAGAAUUCAUAGCGAACUUGGUAGUAGUAGUAGUAGUCAUGAUCAUAGCUCAGGCAUUUUUGGAUGGACAGGUGGGGAAGACGGAAGGCUAUGUUGUUGGCUGUCCGAUGAUUCGCCUCAAAAAAAUCAAUCUUGGAUUUCAAGUACAUUGGUUAUGAAACCAGAAAGAACUUGCAAGAAAAAUCGUCAUCAACCCUACUAAUACCAGUAGCCCAAUGCCAUUAACUAAAACAGUUUGAUGCCAAAGAAGCAUUUUUUUUUUGUCCAUUUAGUUAGUUUUUUUCUCUUUCACUGAAUUUGGGUUGGGAUUUGAUAGAUUUUGAUUUGAAAUUUAUGUAUUUUUAUGUAUUUGCUGCGUGUAAUAUUUUGUAAUGGGGGGUGUUUUACAUUACCCCCUUAUAUUUAUCAUGUAAUAUAGUGAUUCAUAUUUUAUCCAAACUACCAAAACUUUCAUCGUA